CUCCCCAGGUUUAGUUAGCUAGCAGGCCAAGGAUCUGUGUUCAUCCAGAUCUAUCACAGGCAAGAUGAUGAAGGCACGGUCGCGGAGCCGGAGACUUUAUAAGAAGUGUUGACAACCUAGAAGUCGAGCUAGGAUUCCAAGACGCAAAGGAGAAGAAGCCCGAAGCAACAAAGAUAAAGACGGCGGGAAGAAAAGAGAAGGGCAGCUCACUGCCUUCCUCACGGUCGGACCGCCCACUGAUGCUGAUGAAGCAAGGAAAAGACCUGAUUGAUAUGUUGGGCUAAAACUGCUUUGCCGAUUCCCCCAUGGGAUCCAUCUCCCACGGAGCUUUUGUUCAACAACUGCAUCACUCAUUCAGCACCCACGGAUCUGAGGCGCUGAUGACACGAGCGCGGCGGCGGCGCCUCAUAGCCGAAUCUUCCGAGCGCUCGGGGACGAACAGUGAAGCGUUUGUCCAGGAUCUGGCCGCCGGUCGUCAGGAAUGGAGGGACUGGGCCAACCUGACUUCUGAGCUAGUCGAGGACAUCGCCGGCCGGUUGCUCUCCGACGACGUGUCGGAGUAUUACCGCUUCCGCGCUGUGUGCAGGCCGUGGCGCGACCACACCGCGGACCUGCGUGCUCGUGGCGCCCUGGACAGGCGCUUCCGGCCCCGCAACUGGGUGGUGCUCACCAUCAGCCCCGACGCCGGGCCGCGCCGACGCGUCAUCAACAUGGCCACCGCGGCCUCCCUCAGCGUCAACCUCCCGGCGCUCACGACCCACUGCCACCUGGGCGCCGUCGAUGGCCUCCUCGUCCUCUUCCACAGGAUCACAAAGGCCAUCUGCCUCCUGGACCCUCUGAACAACGCCGUCACUGAGUUCCCCGCCAUCUCCAUCUCCUCCAUCAUGGCAACCGUGCCACCGGUGAUGGCGUACCACUUCUCCAUGUUUUUCCGGAGUCCCAAUAGCCUCAACGGCCACUCGAUCAACGGUGCCUGCUUGGAUGAAUCCACCUCCCCGCCCACCCUGGUGCUCUGCAUGAGGGACGAUCAAUCCUGCAUCAUCGUUGCCAAACCCGGUGACCCACACUGGACGCUGGUGAACCAAGGCAAGUUGUAUCACUCGGAAACGAUGGGCAGGGUUAUGUUCCAUUCCUUGCUGUCUCAAGGAGGGCGCUGCUAUGUCGCCUCACUGGAGGGGUCCAUCUUUCUGGUGGAGCUGGGACCGCUGCCUCAGCUGGUCAAAAUAAUCGACCAGCACCAGCAUGCAACCAGGGAUGCCAUUCUCUACAUACGCAUAAUCUCCUACCUGGUUGGCGGUAGCAAUGGGAGGAUGCUGCUGGUACGGUAUUGGAGAAACGUUGAGCAUUUUGGUGGCAGGGGAGCCUACAAUCAGACGCAGCUAUUCACAGUUGGUGGUGUCACUGGCCGCAUUGAGGUAUCAGAGGUGGACAUUGCUGGGAGGACGCUGAUACCUGUGAGGAGCCUCGGGCACUACGCGGCAUUCGUUGGCAUGACACACUGCAUGCUUGUCUCCACCAAGACAUUCCCCUCCAUUGUUGCUGAUGCGAUAUACCUGGGCUACAGUUAUCAGCUCAGUCGGAAGUUCAGUAUCUAUUAUCUCAAGACUAGGAGGGCUGAGCCGCCGCAUGAGUUUGUCCUUGAUGAAAAUCAGAGGGUAGUUCCCUGUGCCAGGCCCUGCAACCUUGACCAAUAUCUUGUGUGUUAUGUUGACCGCAAACACAGGUUGAGUGGUCCAUGUAUCAAUCAUGUAGGUCAUUAUUUCUUACGUCAUUCUAUUAGUGACUAAGACUGUCUGUUUAAUUUGACAUGUAAUUUUAUCAGCCUUGUCCUGUACUGUAGGUGAUCCUACAUUGGAUUAUCUUGCCUGUUCUAUUUUCUUUGUUUGUGCCUAUUAGUUUGCUUUCCAUUAACAUGCAUUCCCUUUGUGUGCUUACAAAGUACG